AUGGCAGAAGUGACGGAAUGUUGCAGUGCGAUUUCCACAUUCAUUGAACAUGGCAUGGAACGUCGUGAAUCUCUCAACAAGGCGAUCGAAUCUGGGCUCUCAACUGUAAAUGAGUCUCUGAACGGUUGUAAAGAUAGUGCAUCGAGUGGUAUUGAAGAAUUGCGUAAAUGGAUACAAGAAUCUGAGGAGCUUUGUAAAACCGUUAUGCCAAAGAUUAUUGCACUCUCAGAUGGCUCUACUCUGCUCAUCAACGAGAAACUAAACAGCCAGAUAGCAGAGUUCACGGUACUGAACACCGAUGUUUCGCAGCUCCUUUCAGUUGUUAGGAACGAGACGAUGAAACUAUCGCAUACACUGGAGGAGUUGAAAAAGGAGUCGGAUUUUAUGGUGUUGGUCGCUCAAAGGUAUGCUUCCAAUCAGUCGCCAAAGCAGCAUUCGUCUGCAAUUUGA